UCGUUUCGCUUGUUGUAGUUGGCUUGUUGUGUAUGAGAUUGUGAUGGUGGAUGUGAGGAAAAGGAGCUGCUGUGUUACAAACAACAGCUAGCCUCCUGAAAGAGGAGCCCCAAUGCCAUGGCGUCCAGCCACGGCUCCUCUCCAGUGCCUCACUCAAGCAAAGGCAGCAGUGAUGGGUUUUACCGGAAGGGUCCAGAACCCUCAUCUAGACACUACCGAUCUGUCUGCUCCUUGCCUGAUGUCUGCCCCAAAGAGCCCACAGGGGAGGCCCGUGGGCUCUGUGACGGCCCGUCUGUGGUGGCCGAUCAGCACCGCUGGACCAUCUACAGUUCAAAGGUUAAUCUACCGGCUGCGUUAAAUGACCCUCGUCUGGCCAAGAGAGAGUCGGACUUCUUCACCAAAACCUGGGGUCUUGAUUUUGUGGAAACUGAAGUCAUGCCCUCUUUCUACCUCCCCAACAUCACAAAGGAGCACUUCACUCCAUACCUGCAGGAGACGGCUCAGAAAGAGAAAAUCCAUGAGCGUUGUAAAGCCAUCUGUCCCAACAAGGACGACCCUGACUCUGUCUCCAGUAUAACACAUAACCAUGAAAAGGCCAGAGAAGAACUGGAGCAGGUGCCUAAGAUCUUCAUGAAGCCAGAUUUUGCGUUGAAUGACCCUGUGACUUUCAAUGCCGUUUUACCGUGGUCACACUUCAGCGUUGCCAGUGGGAAGAAUCGGGAUGGGGCAUCGUCCCGGUUACUGCAAGAAAAGCUGAGUCACUACCUGGAUGUGGUGGAAGUUUGCAUCGCUCGGCAAAUCUCCCUGCGCUCGGAGGCAUUCUUCCACGCCAUGUCCUCCCAACACGAGCUGCAGGACCGGCUGCAGGAGACGGCGCACGCGGUGUCCACUCUGCGCGGCCGCAUGGCCUCCAUGGAGCGGGUGAUGUGCGAGGGCCCGCUGAAGGCCCUGCAGCAGACGCUCACGCGCAGCAACUGCGUGCGCCUGCACGACAAGCUGAAGCUGAUGGCGGCCGUGCACCAGACCCAGCCCACCGUGCAGCUGCUGCUCUCCACCUCCGAGUUUGUGGGAGCGCUGGAGCUCAUCGCCACCACCAAGGAGGUGCUGCAGCAGGAGCUACAGGGCAUACACAGCUUCAGGCACCUGGGCUCUCAGCUGUGUGAGAUGGAGCGUCUCAUUGAUAAGAUGAUGGUGGCAGACUUCACCACCUACGCCAAGAGUGAUCUGAACCGCCCUUUUGAGGAGGACAGUCAGGUUCUGGAGAAGGUUGGUCAGACCAGUGCGCAAGGUUGGUUUUUGGCAUCUCUGAAAAACCACAACAAUGCAAGGGGAAAGGACCGCCUGCAGUCUCUGGUCUUUGGGCUGCUCAGGCAAAGGAAGCUGGACUUCCUGGACAUCUACAGUGAUGAGAUCAUUCAGGCGGCCAAGGGAAUAGUCCGACAGUGUGUCCUCCGCACCGUGUCUCAGAUUGAUGAGAUCGACACAGACGUGGUCAUGAAGCUGCCAGACCAGAUGCGGCUGAUGGCGUUCUGCCAGUGGUUUGAGCUGCUGCAGGAUAUAUUUGAGCACUUCAUUCUCUUCCUCAAGAGGAUCAAGGCCACUCUAAGCGUGGUCAGGGCGGUGGUCCUGGAGGUGCUGGACAGCAGCCAGCGGAGCCGGCAGAUGGCCGAAGGGCGAGAGCGGGCUGGGGCGGGUGGAGGAGGAGGAGGAGGAGACCAAGGUGAGGAGGAGGAGCCUCUGGAUGGCAAUCUGCGGGUGGGGUCGGAGCUGGCCUACCUUACCCACGAGGGCCUCUUCAUCAGCGACGCCAUGAAUGAGGCAGAGCAGCAGCAGCAGCAGCAGCAGCAGCCAGAGGUGCGCAGCACCACCACGCAGGCCCUGAUGCAGGCGCGCAGGGACGUGUGUGGGAGCGACUCCGCCUCGGCCACCACUGAAUCCUCCUCAAGCAGAGAGCACACGUCCAACACUACGUCCACCCUGCCAGGAGUGCUUGCCACUGGCCUCAGCAGUGAAGACGUGAUGCCCUCAGAUCUUGAGCUGGGUCGCGUGGCCAACAACGUCCAGGAGCUGUUGUAUACUGCCUCGGACGUCAGCCAUGACCGCUGUGUCAAGGUUCUUAUCACCAGAGCCAAGGAUGGUUCCCUGGAACGGCUGAGCUCGGCGGAGUUUGUGCGCCUGUCCCAGGCGGUGGAGGCCUUCGUGAAGGACACGGAGGAGCUGUGCGGCCGCCGCAGCGUCUCCCUCCGAGGGGCCCUGCAGAGCCAGGCCAACCGCUUCGUCCACCGCUUCCACGAGGAGCGCAAGACCAAGCUCAGUUUGCUGCUGGACAAUGAGCGCUGGAAGCAGGCAGAGGUACCUGCAGAGUUUCAGGACCUGGUCAACUCCAUUGCUGAUGGAAGGAUCACGUUACCUGACCGUAAACCCUCAGGCACCGAAGAGCGAAAACCAAGUGAUUACUUAACCGUAGAUGGACAAAGAUAUGCUGUUGUUGGCACUGUACUGCUGCUAAUCCGGAUCUUUCUGGAGUAUUGCCAGUGUGUGAACGACAUCCCCUCCAUUGCCACAGAUAUGCUGACUCGCCUCUCAGAUUUACUUAAGCACUUCAACUCACGGAGCUGUCAGCUUGUGCUAGGAGCCGGAGCGCUGCAGGUUGUUGGACUGAAGACAAUCACUACAAAGAACCUGGCCCUGGUGUCACGCUGUCUGCAGCUUGUGGUUCAUUACAUUCCCAUAAUCAGGGCCCAUUUUGAGACCAAGCUGCAGCCAAAACAGUACAGUGUCCUCAGGCACUUUGACCACAUCACAAAGGAUUACAAUGAUCAUAUAGCUGAAAUUUCAGCCAAACUGGUGGCAAUCAUGGACAGUCUGUUUGAGAAAGUCCUGUCAAAGUAUGAAGUAAAGGCUCCUAUGCCUUCAGCUUGUUUCCGAAACAUCUGUAAGCAGAUGGCUAAAAUGCAUGAGGCCAUCUCUGAUCUACUGCCAGAAGAGCAGACUCAGAUGCUGUUUCUGAAGAUAAAUGCCAGCUUUAGAAUGCACCUAAAAAGGCAAUUGGCCAAACUAGGUGUGAUCAACGACGGUGGUCCUCAACAUGGGCUGGUGGUUGUUGAUGUAGCGUUCUACACAGAGAAUGUCCAGGUUCUGCGGUCUCUAGAGAGGCUGGACUUGAACAUGGCUGCAAUCUGGGAGCAGAAGAGGUGAUGGCAGCUGAAUGGCAUAGUAGUGCGAUGCUAUCCCAACGCUUUCUCUGACAGACACGCCAUUUAGCGCCACAAGAAAGGGAUAUCAAGACUUCUGGCGAGAGGACGGCUGUAUGUUUCUGUCUUACCACCCAGCAUGUCCGGGAUCCCAAUGCCCAGUCACUUUCCCGUUUGCCUUUCUCUGGUCCUACCCAGAAGGGUGCAUAAGUGGUUGGGGAGAGCCUGGAGUGGUAAGGUUGUUACGUCUUUACGUUGGGAGAAAACAAAAUUGAGGAAAAACUUGCAUUAAUAUGUGGGGACCAAACUGGACAUUGCUGAAAGGCAGCGUUUCUCUCAGCCUUUUUUCUAUUUUGUUCCUUCUUGUUUUGGACAGGGGUCAUUUUUCUGAGUGCAUACUAGUGCCUCCUUCUGUCACUACAUGCACAAGAUACAGUAUAUCUCGCCAUUGUGUGCAAUGCAAUGAGGAUAAAUAAAUGAGGAUCGACUCAUGUAGAAAAAUGUUUGAGAUUAAGGAGGAGUUAAUCUCAACAAUGGUAAAAACAUUAAGUAUCAUUUUAUUUCUUGUACAUUUUUCUAAGGUUUUAAACUGUGGUUUUUAGCAGAUUGGAUGUGAAGAGGGGGAAGAAAUAAUGAUCAGGUCAGCUAAUUGUCCAGAUGGAUGCAGACACAUGUAGCCUAGAUCUCAAUGAAAUGGAAAUCAAGAUUCUGUUUAAAAUGGGAAUAUAAUGUAUACAUGUCACAUGCCACAGCUUUAACAGAAUUCUAAUAUUUCUGUAAACAGUACAGAGGCGUUCAUGGAGGCCAUUGUUUAAGUUACUAACUGACCUCUUGGCUCUUGAUAUGCUUGAUUUAAACAAGCACUUGGACAGACCGGUCCAAGAUUAUCAGUAAAAUAAAAUAAAAAAAACUCUAAAAGUAUAUCUUAAUAUUUAAAAAAAUGUAUAGAGGACACUCUGUUUGUUUGAGUAUGUCUUCAUAUUUGAUAGAUGGGAUUAUGUGUAUAGCUUGUUAGUGAAGUAUUGUCCUUUUCCCUGGUCAGUCCAUAUCUAUGCACACAGACUACUGACUGCUAUGCAUGAUGGCAAAAUGUAUUUCCAAGCAUUCUCCCCAAACAAAUGCAUAAACAGCUGCUGUGUAAGGGAAUCCAGAAAUAUGAGAGGAGGAGGAUGAUAAUUGAAUUGGAAAGAAGAAUGACACUGAAAUCUAAACCUCAGACCAUCAGAAUACCAGAGAAAUUUGCUGCCAAAUGUCCCUAUACAAAUAUUUGUUUCAAUUGCUUACAUGCUUGAUUAUCUUUUCAUUCAUGAUUGAAUAUUUAUUAACCUUGGUCCAAGUAUGAUGUCCUGUUGUAGUGUUUGACGAGUGAUCAAAUCUUGGUGUUGGCAAAGAGAGGGUGAGGGGGUGUUAAAUUAUGGGCAAAGUAUUCACAGUGUGUUGGAAAGCACUGCACCAGUCAGAAGCAACAGUGCUGUCGAAUUCAAAAGUGCCUAUACUUUUGAUUUAUACCAUAGACUUUAUCAGACUCUAAAGAGUGCCUAACUGUACCACUCUUCUGUGUGUGUGUGUGUGUGUGUGUGUGUGUGUGUGUGUGUGUGUGUGUGUGUGUGUGUGUGUGUGUGUGUGUGUGUGUGUGAGAGAGAGAGAUUGUGUGUGUGCGUGCAAGGGAGUGCAUGUGAAUUUGCUGUAUGUGUAUCUUGGCCCCUUCAUGGGGGCCAGUGAGGAAGUGCAAGACAAACAAAAUCUUAGAGCAUGCUUGAGCAUUUUUUUUUUUUAAAUGUGUUGAAUCAAGCGAUUUCUUUUUCUUUUCUUUUUUUUUCAAUAAAGCCAUAUGGGACGUUU